UUGAGCGUACAGCUGAGGUCCCUUGAAGCCCGAGUUGCAGAGGAACGCAGAGAACUGCGUAGGGCAAUCGAGGAUACGAUAGCUGACAAAGAGACUAUAAAACGUGCAGCCAGAGCCCAAAAAACGAGAGCUGAACGACUUAUGGAAGAAUUACAGAGGACUACUAGUCGCCUUGCUGACGCAGAAGCUCGCUCUGCUCAGAUUCAGAACGAACUAGAAGAGGAAAGGCGUCAUGUAUCUCGACUGACGUCUGAUCGCGCCAGUGAGGCAGCCAACGUUGAUGAACUGCGGUGUCAGCUUAUUGAAAUGGAGCGACGAUCCCAUGCCACAGAGCGUGCUAUUCAAGGAAAAAUUGCUCUGACUCAUGCCGGCAAUUCAGACUCAAGCAAUGUUAACAAAUAUGGAUCGGAAGAGUUCAAUAAACUCAAACAAGUGAGUGGAUGGAUGUCUUUUAUAAGAAAUCUGGAAGGUUUCUGA